AUGGCAGCGCGUUUUAAAAAUCGUUCUUUGACGGGAAAAUUUGAGAAAAUACAAAAAAGAAAUCGAGGUAAUAUUAUAAAAUUACAAGAGGGGCUUCAAUCUUGGAAAAAUGAAAAUAUUUCAAGCGAGGUUGAGGAAAACAAAGACGAAAACGAAGAGUUUGAACCAGCGACGGACAUCGUGAUAAAUACAAGGGAAAGCACGGUAGGCAACGUAAACACCGAGACGUUUUUAUCAUUGUAAACAUUUAGGUCUGUUUAAAAAAUUAUAAUUCACGUACUCCAUGAUUUGGCAUUAGGCAAAACAAGAAAUAAAAGAGAAUUUACCUCAAGGAAGCCGAAUUGUUGACAUAAACCAACUGAGAAAAGGAUUGGAGAGUUGUUCAUUUUGCAAAGAAGGUAAACAAAGGCAAAUGUGAAGCAUUUAAUUUCUCCACUUCAAAAUACAGAAUUAUUUAGAUUCAAAAUUUUGAUAUAAUUUGGUCACUAUAUAGUUAUAAAAUAAAGUACUGUUUUCAAAAUGUACAAGUGUCAGUUGAUUAAAUUUGUGUAAAUAUAUUAUAAGUUCUUUCUAUGUUUGCAUGAAGAUAAAACAUAUAAUAGUUUUGUUUGCACAAACAAAAAUAUAUUAUAAUUAUGAAUUGAUGUAAAGGUAUGAAAUAAACAAUAAAAACAAUGGCAAUACUCUAUUAUUUUUAAGGACCACUGUCAUUAAGCAAUGUACAACAAGAAAAGUUAUAUGGUCUAGCUAGCAAGCUAUAUAUUCAAUGUCAGUUUUGCGGUCAAACCAAUGUUGUUGAAACAUCACUCGCCCACAAGUCUGAAGCCUCUGGUCCAAUGGCAUAUGACAUCAAUACAAAGUCAGUUUUAGCCAGUCUUCAUACCGGAAUUGGUGAGACGCAUCUGAAUGGCAUCUUGUCAGUUAUGAACAUCCCAUAA